GUUGCUAUGGCGGCGGGGGCGCUGGGCGCGCUGGUGGCGGCGCUCGAGUCGUACCGCGGCCGGGACCGCGCGGUCCGCGCUCUGUGUUAUGGCUGCCAGCUGGUGGGCGGCGCGCUGGCCGGGACGCGGAGCCCCGCCGAGGGGCUGCCCGGGAGCCUCCUGGCCGUGUCGGCUCAGCUGAGCUCCUGCCGCACCGUCCUGCGCCUGCUGGACGACUUGGCCAUGCUCAGCCACAGCCGCGCCUACGGGCUGGGGCCCAAGGACGAGGACGUGCUGGUGCGAGGGCUGUCGGUGCUCUGCAACGUGGCCGACCAGCUCUACUACCCCUGUGAGCACAUCGCCUGGGCGGCCGACAGCGGCGUCAUCCGCGGCCGCUCUCAGCGCUGGUGGGCCGCCAGCACGGCGCUCUGGGGGCUCUCGCUGCUGCUGGGCACCCUGCGAUCCCUGAGAAUCCUGUUCCGGUUAAGAAGGAAGCUGAGGCAGCAGCAGCGUACUCCGCCUUCACCGCAGAGUCAACAGAAAAUGCAAGCCCAAGUGAAGGCUGAAGUUCUGAAUGUUGUUAGUAACUUGGCAGAUCUCUCCAACGCGAUCCAUUGGCUGCCACCCGGGUUCCUGUGGGCCGGACGGUUCCCUCCGUGGUUAGUGGGGCUCCUGGGGACCAUCUCCUCCCUGAUUGGUAUCUACCAGGCAUCUGGAAAGGGCAGUUCUGGAGCUGCGUGAGCUAUAAUUAAGCCUCUAAAACCCAAUUUUAAUGUGGUAAGAAGGCAUUUAGUGAGGCAGGCUGGAUGUUAACUUUCCUGGAUGCCAAUGAUUCUAAUUCCAUGAAUCCUGUAAUUGAGAGUGUAAUCAGAAACUCUGUUACAGAGAGGAUUACUUAUGGCUGACAAAUCUUAUUCAUAGAAAUCUUUUGGGUGAAUCCUCUGGAAAUCAGAAUCUGGUAGGACUGAUAACAGAGGAAAAAAAGGUUGUGGUCACUUCCAUCCUUCCUGUACUUCAAAACACAGCUGGAACCCUCCAGUCUCUGCUCUUGUGUAAAAGAGCACAAAGUGUUUGGUGGAGAAACAGCUGUGAUUGUUUGACUCAGAACUUCCAAAGGAUGGAUUUGGUGAGUUCCAGCUCCAGGCCCAGCACUUGGUGCUUCCCUGAGCCACAGAGGUGACCUUGAUGGUGGAAGUUUCUCUGUCAGAUGUUUUGGUGUCUGAGCCCACAGCAGGUGAUACCCCAAACGCAAACAGGAGUGGGUGGCAGAAGGAGGUUGGUGGGUGGCAGUUCCUUGUGACUGCUGUAUUUCUUUAGAGGUGAUAGGGGAAGUAGCAGCAGCUGUAUGCAGUGCCUUGCCAAGCUUUCUUCCAGCCUUUCUACCCGGGGAGAAACCGGAACAAGCCAAAAGGUGCUCUGAGGCUCCAGCUGUGCCUUUGUGGAAGGCCACCGGGUGGAGCUGUUCCACUGAGCUCUUCGAGAGCCAACGGACUUAGGAAAAAAAAUAGAUAAAAAUUUGUUAAUCAUUUUUGAAAUAACUGGUCAAACCAAUGCACGAGUGAGUUUUACAAUCAUGUUUUUAAACAGUGCCAAUAAUAAAUGUGAGAAGUGCUCCAAA